UUUACAACACUAUUCAAAUUCUAAACAUUUUCCACAGCUAAAUAUUUUGUGGGGUCAAUUGAAGUUUUUGUUGUCGUCUAUGCAGUUGGACUUUGUGGGUGUCUAGUUAAGAGUUUUUGUUGUUUUUGAAAAAUAGAACAGCAGAUAAAAUAUAAACUAAUUUAAACACAAUCUAAAAUGACAACAAACGACGAAAAGAUUAAAACACCUAUAUGGCGAGAAUCAUCCAGUUUAAUAAUUUGUGCCAAAAGUCCUGAAAAAUCAAAUGAAUACGAUUAUAAUAUUUUAAUCAUAAAACGUUCAGAUCGCACAGCUUUAGUUAAAAAUCAAGGCGUUUUUCCGGGAGGUAUUUACGAUCCAUUCGAUGAGAGUAUAGAAUGGUUAAAAUAUUUCCAAGAAUUUGGUGUUGAACAGCAGUUGUUGAAAGAACUGCUGGUAAUCGAUGGUGAAACAGAGAGACCAAAAAUUCUAGCACCCCAGGGCACCGGCUGUUAUGAUCGAUUUUUUAAAAGUUCUAAAAUAUGGGCCAGAGAAAUUUCUUUGCGCAUAAAUGCUAUACGUGAAGCCUUCGAGGAAGUUGGUGUAUUUCUAUGUCGUAAUCGUCAACAAUUACAUUCCAAAAGUCAAACUGGAUUUUAUCUUGAAGAAUAUGAUAAAUUAAAAUGGCAAAAAAUGGUUCAUAAUGAUCCUAAGGAAUUUCUUAAUAUGUGUAAGAAACUUAAAGUAAUACCCGAUUUAUGGGGUCUUCAGGAGUGGUGCGGUUGGGCUAGUCCUGCCAUUAUAAGGAAAGGUUAUGAAACAGCAUUUUUCAUAACAUUUCUCAAUGAAAUUCCCAAAGUAAUAUGUGAAGAAACAGAAGUUAAAGAGUGUUUAUGGCUACCUCCUCCUACAUAUUUACAAAUGGUCCGUCAAUCUAAACUUUUCUUUUUGCCGCCACAAGUUUAUGAGUUAUCACGUUUAGUUUCUCAGAAAUCUUAUGAUUAUCUCAAACAAUUCUCCUGGGAACGUAGAAAAAAAGGCAUAACAAUGUAUCGUCCUAUUGGUCAUAUUUGUACAGAUGGUUUGGUUUUCGUAUUACCAGGCGAUGACUUCUAUACGGGAGAUCCUUAUAAGGCUACGGUUGCUCGUAGUAUGGAUUGUACUAGAACUGAAUUUAGAGCUCGUACUAAAUGUCUGAAUCGUAUUGAAAAUCCGGGUUCUCCCAAUGUUCUUUUAUAUUCCAAUAUUAAACCCUUUAAUGGUCAUUUGAUGCCCGUGAGUUCAAGUGAGAAAGAAUCACAUAAACUUUGAUUUAAUUGGUUUUAUUAUAUUAUUUAAAGUAAUAUAAAUAAAGAUAAUUGGUUGUAUUAUUAAGGGCAAA